CAAAAAUAAGUGAGAAAGAAGUUGAAGGGGGGUUGUGAGAAGAAAGAGAGAAGUAAAGCGUAAUCUUCUUCUUCCUCCAUUUCCUCUCUACUACAAUAAAACACAAAGCAUCAGACUUUAGAUUCUCUGCUAAAGAAGAAGAACCAAACAUGGAGAGAACCACACCAGUGAGAAAACCACACACAUCAACCGCAGAUCUACUCACUUGGUCUGAAGCUCCACCCUCGGAUUCUCCUUCCUCUGCUUCUCGCUCCGCCGUUCGAUCCCACCAGCCAUCUGAUGGGGUUAGCAAAGUGGUGUUUGGUGGUCAAGUCACUGAUGAAGAAGUUGAGAGCUUGAACAGAAGGAAGCCUUGCUCAGAACAUAAGAUGAAGGAGAUAACUGGGAGUGGGAUCUUCUCUCGUAACCAAGAAGAUGAUGCUUCAGAGCUCUCUAGUGCUCCAAGUGGAAGAGUAUAUCAGCAAGCACUUAGUGGUAUAAGCCAUAUAUCAUUUGGUGAAGAAGAGGACUUAUCUCCUAAAAAGCCUAUUACUCUACCUGAAGUUGCUAAACAGCGAGAGCUUAGUGGGACUAUGGAGAGCGAAUCAGCUUCUAAUCUGAAGAAGCAGCUCUCUGAUGCUAAGUACAAAGAGAUCAGUGGACAGAACAUCUUCGCACCACCUCCUGAGAUCAAACCACGGUCUGGAAACACUCGAGCUUUAGCUCUUAAGGACAACUUCAACCUCGGAGCUGAAUCUCAAACCUCUGGUGAAGAAGACUCUGUGAAGACAGCGAAGAAGAUUUAUGACAAGAAGUUUGCAGAGCUUUCAGGGAAUGAUAUAUUCAAAGGAGAUGCUGCAUCAUCUUGUGGUGAGAAGCAGCUGAGUGAAGCCAAGCUUAAGGAGAUUGGAGGGAACAAUAUAUUUGCUGAUGGGAAGGUAGAGUCCAGAGACUAUCUAGGUGGUGUUCGUAAACCACCAGGUGGUGAGACAAGCAUUGCUCUCGUUUAGAAUCCUCUUUUUUCUUUUACAGUAACGUAUUAACUCUUUUAAAAAUUUAUCGGUGUGUUUGUUCUUGUUGGUAUCUCUCAUAACGCUUCAGGUCAAAAAGUGUGAUUUGUAUUAUGAAGUUUCGUUGGUUUUAUUUGGUUAUGGUGAUAUAAUAACUAUUAUUCAGUUGUGUGUUUUAAAGGUCUUAGGGCUUUUCUAAUAUACUUAACAAGCUCUAAACUGUUAGUAUUGUUAAA